CAUUCCACUAACACCGCAAUUGCCUCGACACUCAUUGAUUCCCAUUCUUCUUUCAGGAGGGUGAAAAAGGCUCUACCUUGGGAAGAAAAGACUCCUCUCUUUGGUUCAAUUGAAAGCAGAGAAAAACUGCCCACCCUCACUCUCGCUAUCCCCUGUACUCUCUCCCUUCUCACUCCACUCCUCCUCGCCCCCUUUGAACGAUGCCACCCGCUAGCUUCCCAUGAACAAACACACUCGGCACAUGUCUUAGCCUCAUUUCUCUUUCUCAUUCCACUCUACUUCACCUUGUUCUUCAGCCCGCCAUUUGCAUUAUUAUCUCUACCCCUAUCUAUACCACUUUCAAUACACAAUGCCGAGCCCAGUCGACAGCCGCUUCAAAAGUCAACGAACCAUGGAUACAAGUGCAGGCGUAGAGGUCUCGCCCGCAACAGGACCAGCUGUAACCGUGGGAGCGCUGCGGACCUUGAUCGUCGACAACUACGACUCGUAUACCUUCAAUCUACUGCAGCUGUUUGAUCAGGACCAGCUCGAGAAUACUGUUGUGAUCCACAACGAUCAGUUUACAUGGCUCCAGUUCGAGAAGGAGAUCCUUCCGCACUUUGAUCAAGUCAUUCUGUCGCCUGGCCCUGGACGCCCUGAACGUGCCCAGGACUUUGGUAUAUGCACACAAAUUCUCCAGACAAAACACAUCCCCGUCUUUGGGGUCUGUUUGGGGCAUCAAGGAAUUGGAUGGGCACAUGGCGCCAAGGUCACCUACGGACCUGAACCUGUCCACGGACAGAUUGCACAUAUCAAGCACGACAACACCGGACUCUUUCAAGCGAUUCCCCAGGAAUUUGAGGCGGUCAGAUACCAUUCGCUGGUAAUUCAGGAACAGGAUCUACCGGAUGAUCUUGUGCCCUCGGCUUGGUGCUAUAGUUUCCCCCUAAUCUCAGCGAAUAACAUGGACGGAGAAAACGUUGUCACUAUCAUCAACGCAGAUCGGACGCUAGGAUCCAGGUCCAUUAUGGGCAUCCGGCACAGGACGCUUCCGCAUCAUGGUGUUCAGUUUCACCCAGAAUCGAUUUGCACUCAGUACGGCAAGCAGAUGAUGGGCAACUUUUUCCGAAUCUCGCGGGAGUUUUAUGCAGGCAAGAGAGAAGACACCGCCAUGCAGCAAUUGCCAGAUCAUAUUCGAGCAUUAUCUGUCAUCCCGGCUCGUCCUACAAUUACACACUCUACCCCGAAAAGUUGUCAUGGGCCCAAGAACUCCUUGAGCCCAUAUAGUCUGCUGAUCCAAGCAUUGGAUGUCACUAUCUUUCCCGAGCCCGAGGCCGUUUUCUCGUCACUCUUUCUUACAGGACCCAGAUCAAAAGCUGCCUCAUGGUGGUUAGAUAGUGCUCGCCAACCUCACCCAAUGUCGCGGUUCUCAUUCAUGGGAGGCGUGGAAACCAGGCGCUGCCAUGGCCAGUCUUCACGUGGACAGUGUGUGCCUGGUGCUGCCCAGGCCGUCAUUCAAUACUCAACAUUACACAAGGAGAUCCACAUUCGUCGAUACAGGACUCAGUCGGACGAAUCGGAUAUUAAGCGGAUCAAGUUGGAUGGAGCAGAUAUCAAGGAUACUGCUGUGAGGACGUUUUGGGAUUGGACAUCGCACAUCAUGGCUGAAUUUGACAGGAGAAGAGUCGAGACUGUUGUGAUUGGGCCUGACGGUCAGCAGAAGGAUUUUGAGGAGGUGCCGUUCGACUUCUUCGCAGGCAUGGUCGGCUAUUUUGGAUACGAGAUGAAGCGAGAAAGCCUGGAGGGUUAUCACACACCCGAGGGGCAGCAGUGCGGAUGUACGGGCCAUGCUGGAGAUGGACGCUCAUGCGCCUGCGAUUGCCUACGACAGCCAGACGCCUCGCUCAUUCUGGCCACACAGGCGGUCGUGUUUGACCAUGUCGAGAGACGCAUUUACGUCUUGGGAAUCAUUAACAACAACCCUGGAAAACAGCACGUGGAUAUUGGUGGGCCCAUUGGAUUCCUUGAUAGAAAGACCUGCCAGGACUGGAUUCAGGAUGUCAGUCGCUCUAUUGUUCAUCUGGCCCACAGCGAGCCAUCAGCUGGAGGGAUUAGGCGAAGAUCUGUUCCAGCAGGCGUGCCUUCAAACGGCGUCAACCGGGAGCCCUAUCUGGUCAAGGAGCGCCAUCGUCGUCAAUCUUCAGCUGGGCUGAUGUCACCAUUUAGGGUAGAUGUGAGCGAAAAAGAUUACCUGCGCGCUAUCCAAGACAGUCUGAACUAUAUUCACGAAGGCGAGAGCUACGAACUUUGCUUAACAACUCAAUUCAGGGCUAAACUGCCCCUAUACCAUCAUCAGCAGGAGAGUCAGGACGCCGACACAGAUUUAUUCGAGGGCGAUCCAGCAUACGAUCUAUACAAGAUUCUACGGAAACUCAAUCCAGCUCCAUUCUCAGCAUAUUUAAGUAUCAGCACAGCAGUGAAGAACCGGUCAGGAUUGUCUCAGGACCAUCGAGACGACGCUUCCUCCGAAGCCAAUGAGAUCGUUGGCAAGCUUGUAGUCCUUUCGUCGUCGCCAGAAAGGUUCCUGAAGAUUGGAAAAAAGCCGAGCGAUGAAAUCAAUACUCUAGACCACAAUGUACCGUUGUCUUCACGGACGGUUGAGAUGAAACCUAUCAAGGGGACAGUGGCCGUAGCCAAGGGCUGCUUCUGUAAGAAGGAUGAAGGUUGCAGCGUGGAUAUACAUGACGACGACAGCAGUGAACACGCGGAUGAGGAUGAUACUGAUCCAAUGGACGAGGACAUCCCUGGGAUUACUGGGAUGAAACGUGUGGGCAGCGUUGAACGUUUACGCCGUCGCUCUAUCAGCGAUCGGUGUGCAGAAGCGAGGAAACGUGAGGAUCAGAGCCGAAUCGAUUCCUUAUCGAAGAACAUCAAAGAGCGCGCCGAGAAUCUCAUGAUUGUUGAUUUGAUUCGCAACGACCUUGCCCAUGUCUGCUACUCAGAGUCAGUUCGAGUGCCAUACUUGAUGCGUGUCGAGUCCUACGAAACUGUGCACCAGCUAGUGACAACAGUUCGCGGCGAACUCUUUGAACACAUUGACAACACGCAGGCAGUGAGGGCGUGCUUCCCGCCAGGGUCCAUGACAGGUGCACCCAAGCUCCGCUCGGUUCAGUUGCUGGACUCGCUCGAGCGUCAUGUCAGACGAGGUAUCUAUUCAGGCUGUCUUGGAUACAUCGGCAUUCCGGCCUCUGCAGCGGCAGCAGUCUCCAAGACAAGUGUGGGCGAAGAGCGUAAAGCGCGCUCUGCCGUUGAUCUUUCGGUUGUGAUCCGAACAGCUGUGCUUUCAGUCGAGCCGCUAGAGGAUAAGGACGAAUCGAUUGCUCUUGUUGGAGAGCUGUCAGUUGGUGCUGGAGGCGCGUUGACUAUUUUAUCGGAUGCUAAUGAGGAAUGGCGAGAGGUCUUGCUGAAAUCACGAUCCGUUGCUCCCAGGUAAGGACCACCUCUUGUAUUAUUUUUGACGGCAUCUUUUUCAUGCACUCACUCACUCGCAAUUGCUCCAUUUGUACUCUUGCUAGCGUCUUGACAUAUCUGCACCAAAGUGGGGUAUAGAAAUCACUCUCGA